AUGAAGGGAACUGAUCCGGAUCUCCCACUUGUACCUGCAACACUGCAACGAGUCAUUCAUGUCGAGACGUUUCGCAAUGUUCACUUUCUCGAACGCCCAGUCAGAUCUCGUUCUUGGAACGUUCCUCGUUCUCGGUCGUUGUUCACACAGCCGCAAAUGAAAGCGCUGCCACUCGGGCCUACGUUUUUGUGCAGUUAUCAGAUUCGACGGGAGCCGCCACUGAGAUGCGACAAAAAUGAUGCGACCACUAAGAUGCGACUAAAAUGCUCUAUCUCACACCGGGAGAAAUUUCAGCCUGGCCACGCCGAUCUCUUUGUGUUGGUCAAUCAGACGCCUUUAAUUGAUGUUAACAAGCUGCAGGUUUGGCACCAAAAACGCGAGGACAUCCACGAUCCAUUGUUGAAUGGCAACUGCAAGUUGGGAAAUGGAGAGGAUAAGGAGAGCACCGUUGAGCUUAAUGUUUCUGCCCCGCCAUACAAGUGUUCCGCUUCAGUUCUCGUCCAGCUUCUCGUCGUCAAUCGCUUUCGACGGCUACUUCCAUCCGUCAUGCCUCAUCCAAGCACCGUUUUGAUCACUGGAGCGAAUCGAGGGAUUGGAUUAGGACUGGUGAAGGAAUAUCUCAAAGUCGGCGCGAUUAAACACAUCUUUGCAACGACUCGAAAUCCGGACAAGGCUGAGGAUUUAACGCAAAUUCAAGACAACCGACUUCAUGUGCUGCGAAUGGAUGUACAGGAUGAUUCGUCAAUCAAGGAAGCUUUUGAUCAGGUUAAUCGAGUGAUUGGUGAUGAAGGUCUUAAUCUACUCAUCAAUAAUGCGGGAAUUUGGACAAGCUACGCCGUAAAUGAGGAGCCAAAUCGUGUUGCCUUGCAGAACAUCUUCAACACCAACACUACUGCACCUCUUAUCGUUUCGCAGAUAUUUCUUCCUUUGAUUCGCAAAUCCGCUCAAAGAGGAGGUGAUUGGGGAGCUCAGAGAGCCGCAAUUGUAAACAUCAGCUCCGGAAUGGGAUCAAUCGGAGAGAACACAAGUGGUAGUGGCCACAACAAGUCGAUCGCUUAUCGAAUGAGCAAGGCUGCCUUGAAUCAAAUGAUGAAAACGCUGGCGGUCGAUCUAGAGCCAGAAGGGAUUUUGUCGGUGGCCUUCUGCCCGGGAUGGGUUCAAACGGAUAUGGGUGGUAAAUCGGCGAUGAUCACGGUUGAUGAAUCGGCCGCGGCGUUAGUGAAUACGAUUUCCACUUUCGACAAACAGCAUACCGGUGCGUACCUUCGACGCCAAGGAAACAAAAUCGAGUUU